GUGUUACUAACUUCCUUAUGACAGCAGAAAGCAGAGGGAAUAGCUAGUUGGUAGGGAGGACAGUACAGUAGGAGCGCAAAAGUCCACACAGCUCGUAGAUUCACCUGCGGCAAAGAUCGUAGUGCGCUCCUGAAAUAAUUUCAAUGCGCAAGUGUCGCUCUUUUGGGAAUAACCGCUAUGGGAGCCUCGCAGUCUGUGCGCACUGAACAUGAGUUCCAAGAUCUGGCUGAUCGAACUGGAUUUUCCCUGGAGCAGAUUGGCAACCUCAACAAGAGAUUCAGACAGCUGAACAAGAAUCAGGAGACACUAAGUCGACAGGACUUGGCGAGCAUCCCUGCUCUAGAUAACAAUCCACUCCGGGCUCAAAUUAUUAAUGCCUUCUUUGAUAAAAGAAACCUCCAUCAGAAUGAGACGGGUACGGUCAAGGUGAUUGGCUUUGAGGAGUUCCUCAUGGUCAUGUCUCACUUUCGCCCGGCAGCCAUGCACAUCACAGAGGAGGAGAGGGAGAAACUGAGGCGGGAGAAACUACGCUUUCUGUUCAACAUGCAUGACACAGACAGCGACGGCACCAUCACUCUGGAGGAGUACAGACGGGCGGUAGACGAGCUCCUGUCUAAGGCUGGCACAAUCGGGCAGGAGACCGCAAAGGCCAUUGCAGACGCCGCCAUGCUGGAAGUUGCAAGCACCACAAGGGGCAAAAUGGAACCUGAUGAAUUCUAUGAAGGAAUCACUUUUGAAAAUUUUCUUCAGAUUCUUAAAACCUUCGAUAUUGAGACGAGGAUGCACGUUCGCUUUUUAAACAUGGACACUGCAACCAUGCGAUGUGGAAAAUGAGUCCCGGUCUCCUUUAAAAUACAUCUGUUACUGCUGUUUUUAGCAGAAUGAAUCUCUCCGGGCUUCCUCUGGAAUGAAGCCAAAUACCUUUUAUAACUUCUGAAUGAUUGAUGGGAGAUCAUAAUCCACUGUGAUAUACAGUGCCUUCAGAAAGUAUUCAUACCCCUCGACUUAUUCCACAUUUUGUUGUGUUACAGCCUGAAUUCA